CUCAACCCAAAAGCCCGUCCUAUCUAUCACGUGAAGUGAUAGCUGAUAGCACGUAGCUACGAUCACGUGUUUGUACCUUCCUAUUUCGGGCUACCCCCCAAGCUACCACUGACGCGACUCCAACCUCUCCCGCAUUCGUCUUAGAGCUCUGGCAGCUUAGGUCCCUGCAGCAGAAACUCCUACUGUCUUGGAGUUUGUGCUCUCCUGUCUUUGUUUAGUAGCACUUACAUGCUACAUUGUUGGCUCUAUUCCCAAUUGCAGUUAGUUAGUUUCCUCGCAUUGUUUUGAAUCAUGCCUUUGAAUCUAGCUCGGCGUGGAGGAGCCAUCCUCCGGAACCUGCAUCUUAGCGAUGCAUUCUCUCGUCCUAUCCAUGUAGCUGUUUCCCAGAGUCACAUCAGGCGUAUUUCCUUGAUUACGCGCGGUAAGACUUUGCGCCCAAUUUCCAGGGCACCUUCGGCGACCAGCGUGCUCUCGCAGCGCCUACUUAAGACCUACGCGACCACGACUGAGAGCAAGAGCGAGAAGACAAAACCUGCCAAAACCACCAAGAGCGAACAGGGGACCAAGAAAACAAAGACCAAGAAGAGCUCAACGAAGCCCAAACCCAAACCGAAGCCAAGAAAGCCAUUGACGGAGGAGCAAAAGGAGGCCAAGAAGGAGGCCAAGAAGGCACAGAAGCUCAAGGAUCAUAUUAAAGCCCUCAAAGUUACUGCGCUGCAGGCACCAAAGAAACUGCCUGAACGCGUGGCUAAUUUGAUCAUUAUGCAAAAGCUUCAAGAAACACUGAAGACACACAAGACCCCGCAAGAGGCAUUUAAAGCUGCUAGUGAGCUUGGCAGGACAAUCAGUGAGGAAGAGCGAGAGCGCCUCAAUGCGAUUGCAGAGUCCAACAGAAACGCUAAUGAAGCUGCAUACGACCAAUGGAUCAAAUCCCACACACCACUUCAGAUCAAGGAAGCAAAUCUCGCACGUAACAGAUUGACAAAACUCACGAAAAAGAAGUAUCCCCUUCUUCGCGAUGACCGAUUGGUUAAGCGUCCUUCCUCUUCUUAUGUCUUCUUCUACCUUGAACGCACCGGUCAGGGCGACUUCAAGCACAUGACCGUCAAGGACAUUGGUGCACGGGUCGCAGAGGAAUGGAAAGGCUUGACGGAAUCUGAGAAAGAGAAAUACUACAAGCUUCACCUCGCCGACAGAGAACGUUAUGACCGCCAGUACCAAGAGGUAUACGGCGAGGAGGCACCUAAGCUGCGAAAGUCCCCCGAGUAAGAGUUUAUAAAAGUAAAGUUCGUAAACUUUUGCUUUAGCCUAAGGGACUGCGGUGAUCUUCGAAUCUGGAUAAGUGAUUGGAGAUGAUCGAUUUCUCUGGUGAAUUCGAUUGGUGUGCCUUCCUACCAUCAUCCUUCUUUCGUCUGUUUGUGUCUCAGGUGUUCAAGGUUUUUUGGUUACCUUGUAUUCUAUUUAAGUUGUGAUGUGCUGAGUUCAAGUGUUGCUACCAAUAUCAUUAUACCACGAAUUGCAGGCCAGUUCUCACUCAUGCUCGUACGCUGCUGUGUUUGUUUCAAUCCAGGACGUCUCCGCUCUGGUCAGUUCAUCAACAGAGUUGAGAUUGAAUAUUGUAGUAGACAAUGUCGCCUCUAUAAUCCAAAGGCCAAGACAAGUUCAAGAAGACGAUGACGUUG